CACAGGGCACUUCCUAUUGUUUCAUCCUUUGGUGCAGAUAUCCAUCGUCUGGUCCUUUCCAGUGGGGAAUGAGCAAUUAUAUGACACAUCUCUCAUCCUUCACGGUUCAUUUUGUCAAACAUUGAAUCCCUUCACCUGCUUUUCUCUUCUCCUCCCUUCUCUUCCUUGAUUACAACCUCGUCACCUUUUCUCCCAUUCAUCACCAAGAAAAGCACAGAUUGCACACACCUCCUACCGUGCUUGUAUCAUUAAUGGAUUCUAGGGGUUCAUACUCACUCUCUUCGCACAGAGAAGCAAAGUCUCGGAGAUCUGGCGAACGCUCCCCCGAGUCAACCAUGGAUCCAGGGUCUUGCCAUAUGGCCUCGAGGUUUUACGAGAUUUUGAAAGAAUCAGGACUCCAGAGACAGCUAGAGAACGGCUGGGGACAAGGCCCCGCGGAUGAUACUGCAGCAGGUUCUGCAUCAGUCCCCGAUGCUGAGUUAGGCCAAGGAAAUGGGUUCAGCCGACCGCAAUCUCGACAAAGUCCAAAAUCACCGUCCUCUUCAGGGUCCCGCAAGCAUCGGGAUGGAGGGAGUCACAAAAGUCGCAGGUCCAAAAAAUCCAGGAGUGGCCAAGUCAAGGAGGAACACGACGAAGACGAGGAAGAAGAUGGUAUGGAUACAAUCCCCGAUGUUCAGGGAUCAACCAAGCCAUACUCUCCAAGCCGUGAUUCUCAAGCCACGGAAUCGAGCGACGACCGUGGAUCAUCAUCUGGCUAUAAAUUGAAUGGGCAAGGCUAUGGCAGUCGUGAAUAUAUGAAUGAGCUGGACUCGGAGCUGGACACUCUCAGAAAGCAUCUUCUCCAACGCGCCAACGCCCCCAGAACAUUUCCUUAGCCAAUUACUGGCAUCAGAAUCUACGACAGACAGCACACACACGUAUUCGGGGGAAAGAAAACCCGGCGUCUAAGAUACAUCGAUUGGUCCCGCACACGCAUCUAUCACGGCAAGCGCUUUGAUUUUACGCAUACAAGGCGAUGCUGAGGCGCUCAGGAGUUAUGGAUUUGGAUUGGAUAUUCUGCUUGAGGCGAUAAAGAAGGAAAUGGGGUCUCGUACCAUGGGCGCGAUAUUGAGGCUGACUGCAGGCAUAUGGAUUAUGCCAUGAUCCUUCUGUUUCUCUUCUCCUUCCACCUUGUUCUUUUUUUUUUUGUAUUUCUUGAAUAGCUACUUAU